GGUGUUGAUGCUACUUUGUGGGUCUUUUGUUGGUAUCUUUUGAAUUAAAAUGAAGAAAGUGAGAAGUGAAGGGAAAUGAAAAGGGAAGCCUAUUUAUCAAGUUUAUUUGGUAAAACAAAUGAAGCUGAAAAACAAAAAAUCGACGGAGUUCACUAGAUGUGGUUUUUUGCAAGCAAAGGUUUGCUGUGGAAAAUAAGACGAUUUAAAAUAAACUGGAACCGAAGCCGUAUAUUUACGUCGUUGUAUGUAUUGAUCUACAAAUAGGUUAUGUUUCCAACUUUCAUUAGCAUCCUAGGUGUGUUUACAGUUUUUAACGUUUUAUCUACAUUCUAUUGAGCCUAAUAGAUUCUAUAGGUGUAAUAACAAUUCAAUAUUAUUUAAGAUAUACAGUCAUGGUGGGAGGUACCAAGCAUAGCUCACUUCUGUUCACUGUUUCGAACAGCUUUUAAUCUCUUGGACUUCGACAUAGAGGACUUGGAGGAGGCGCUUCUAACUGACGGAACCGAAGAAACCUCGUGGCUGCAAGAGCUCAUUGUCAGAUUGCUGAGCGGUUGUCUUCCCAACAAUGAAAUAUCCACGUUUAACUAUCAGAUGUUCUUGAGGCGUCUGUUCCGUCAAAAAUGUCAGGAACACGACACGUACAAUCCGUUCAACACAGACAUUGACUUUCAAUUAUUACCAUUACGUACCAAGGUUGAUAUACUGCAAGCACUGUGUGAUUUUCGACUGGAUGCCGAAGACGUGCUUGAUCAACUGAAGAAUUUGGAGGCUGACAGUCUGAGAGUUGAGCCAUUGGGGUAUGAUAGUAACGAUUCUGCCUACUGGUACUUUUAUGGAACACGCCUGUACAGGGAGGAUUUCCAUACUAAAGGCAACAAAAAGAAAUCUGUUUGGCAAGUUAUUUGUUUUACUGAAGACGAUUGGUUUCAAUUAACCAAGAAAUUCAAAAAGUCCUCGAGUAAAGCGGAACGUCAGUUGUAUCAGACAUUGAGCGAGAAUUUCCUACCAGAACUUCCGAGGCUUUUCAGGGAGAAAGAAAAUUUAGCGAGAAAGCGUUUGCUUGAGAAUUUGCCUAGAAGGACUUCAACUCGAUUAAAAAAACCGGAACCAGAAGCAACAACAGAAAAACCGAAAAAAUCGUCCGAGGAAAAACGGGACGAAGAAGAAAAAGCCAAAAAUAAAAAAUUGGCGUCAAAAAGACAGGAAGCGUACGAACGCAGAUUGAAAUUGAAAGAGCAGAGUGAAGAAGAAAGUCAAAGUGAAUCUUCGGUAGACCGGAAUGAAAUGGUUCGAACAAAGAGUCAGAAGUCCAAGAAAACUAGCAAUGCCGACAUCAAAGGUAACACUGCAAAGUCGUCAAAACGACAAAAGAAGAGUGAUAAUCUUACGGAUAACUUGGUAUCCACACCAUCAAAACCCACUACUGUGGGAAGACAAACGAAUAAUUCACUGUCGGCGGCAACAGGACAGAUUCUCAUACAGCCUCUCACAAAUCCGGCAAAAAAAGUCAAAACGUCGCAAAUUUUCCGUCAAACUGACGAAGACCUGCAGACAGGCAUGCACAAAAUCUUAGAUUUUGUGAAAAAUCACGAGGACGCAUGGCCUUUCACAGACCCCGUGGAGGAAGAAUAUGCACCUAAUUAUUACUCGAUAAUAAGGAAACCGAUGGAUCUCCAGAGGAUGGAAGAUAGACUAGACGGUGGUUAUUAUAAGACAUUCGCGAAAUUUAGAGCUGAUUUUCAGUUGAUCGUUGAUAACUGCAGACUCUACAACGGUGCUGAGAACGAAUAUACAAUAAUGGUUGAUAACUUACUGAAAGUAUUCGAAAGGGCAACAGAAAAAUACUUAGAUCAAAUCACGUCUUCGGACGAUGAAAUUGCAAUCGAUUUUUCGAACGUGGAAAUCGAAAGGGGUUCGACGACCAAAUCCGAAGAAUCCACACGAAAACGGAAGCCAAUGUUAGCGGCGCAAACAGACAAGAAGAGGGACAGAUCUUCGUCCAGGGACUCUUUGGCUCGUUCUAAGACUGGCUCGGUAGAGUCUCUUGAUAACAUCAGUGUCAAAUCGAAGAAAUCGGAGAAGGCGUCCAAAAAACAGAAGAACAAAAACAAUAAGACGAAGAAGAAUAAGGUUUCACCGAAGAAAGAGUCGAAAAAAGAAAAAUACGAAAUAAAAGAAAAGGAAAAGAAAGCCAAACAUGAAAGUAAAAAAGAAAAAGAGAAGCAGAAAGAAGGCAAGAAAUCUAAAGGCCGUAAAAGUAAGUCGAACAAAUCGAAUAAAGAGAAGAAAAAGGAAGUGGCACAUAAAAGUCCGAGCAGGUGUAGGAGUUCUAGUCAAAGUCCGACGAGAAGUAACGUCAGUAGUCCUCCUGCAUCUUGGCCACCUUCCAGUCCUGAGAGCAGGUUCGAUUUUACUCCUCAUAGAACUUCGAAAAAACGACAUUCUCAAGAAAUGAGUGACACCGAAGAAUCGCCGCCAAAAGAAAAGCUAAAGAAGUCCGGUGGUCAUAAACACGUCACAGAUAGCAGCGAAGUUUUAGCCUCGCCAAAUAGCAAACAAAAAGGUGAUAACGAUUUGUUGCUGACGCCUCAUUCGUUGUCACCGAAACCAAAAGACAAGCAUAAUAAAUUAAGGGAAACGAUUGAAAAAUUGAAGGCUAAAAGCGAAAUGAAAUUGAAAGACGAAUUUAAUUUUGAGUUGGAUCUUCCCAAGGAAAAUAAAGACAAACCGAAGAAGGUUGAAAAAGAAGAAAAAAACAAGCAGAAGAAGAAAGACAAAUCUCUAAAACCUAAAAAAGAUGAAGAGGUAGAUUUGGAGACCAACAGUACAAUGGAUAGUGUUCUUUCAGAAGGGAAAAAAUCGAAGAAAAACAGUGGGGUAAGCGCUGUACCAAGUGCUGGUGGUGGUGUUCAAAAAAUCGCGGCUCCUGUCGCUCCAGUACCAUUGAAUAAAAGUCUUCCAAACCUAGAUGCCUUAAGUAUGGCCACCGAGCAGACUCUGAAAGACAUCAACAAAUGGCUGGACGAUACUCCGAAGUUCUCGGAAUUCAAUUCUGCCAGUAAUUCUCCCUCCUAUACUGGCUUGGAUGACUUUGAAACCUUGAUCGGCGCGAAAGUUGAGACGAGUCAGACGAAAAAAGUUGAGAAGCCGCCAACUGGAGCACCGACCGUAAAAAAAGAAGGAACGAAGGAUAAUAAAAAACGCUCUUUCAGAGAUCCGUCAAAGUUGUUCAAACGGAGGGAGGUGCAGAGAACCAUUGAUAGGCUGCAACCGGGCAAAAGUAAAGGAAAUCUGAUAUCAAAUGUUCAAAGUACCAAUAAAACUGAUGAAAUGUUUCCCUUGGGACCACUGUCAAAAAUAAAGGAUACGAAAAAUUCGUUGAUUGUUAAAACCGAUAGUAAUGCUCCUAAACUCAGUUUAGGGUCGGUUUUGGAUAGUUUUGGCAAACACAAGUUUGUUGACGAUCAGAAAAAAGAAGAUGCGGAUCAAGAACGACCUACCACUCCAAAAUCAGAUCCGACGUCAGAAGUAAAAAUAUCUGAUCCCGAAGUGAACGAAAAGCAGCAGACUGAAAGUGUCGUCAUAGAAGCCACCGAAGCGAAAUCGGAGCCAAACGAGAAGGAGCCGCAAGUGGUGAAAGACAGCUCCCCGAUAGGUGGAGCCACUCCCAACCUGAGUGCCUGGUUCAGAGCUUUCGGCGCCCCUAAAAUGGCAGCUCCAAUCAAAAAGACGGACCUGAAGCCGGAUGGUAAGGAAAACGAAAAAUGCGAAGAUAUAAGCACUAAGAGUAUGGAAGGACGUAAGGUGACGCUUCCCUUAGCAUCGCCAAACACAGACAUGCCUUUACAUGGACAGCCGGUACCGAGACAGAGGAAGAUUAGCACGGGCAGUAGCAUGUCGGAAAGGUCAUCUUUCAGUCAGGAUAUGGAUUCGCCUCGUGUUGGAAUGGACGAAAGAGGUGCAUAUCCAGCUCCAUAUCCGUCGCCACUGCACAGGUCUCCAUCGGGUGCUUCGCCGAUUAUGGCUUCUCCACGUCCAGAUAUUUCUCCCAAGGCGUAUCCUACCAUUAACGGUCAAAUACGCGUGGGUUUCUAUCAGGACACUGUCUCGAACAAAAGUAGCCCGGAUAAGUCAUGCAGUCCACGAGAGACGCCGCAGUCGCCGUAUGGGCACUAUUCUGAGCACGUCUACACACCUAACACCACAGGAAGCUCUCAUUAUAGUCAUCCGAACUCUCCUCAUUACUCUCAAGCGCCAGUCUACUCGAAUACGAACCCUACACCACCAUAUAACUUGGAGUCCUAUUACGAUACCAGCAAAUCAUUGGCUGAUCAAUAUCAGUCGAAGAGCCACAACUACUCAGCCAACUCCCCGGCAAGCAGCCAUUCAUCACCGGCCAGCCAUCCCCACCAGUCACAGCAUUCGCCAACUGUAGGGUGUUCUCCAUUGGUUGUCGCUUCGAGUCCUGCUACUCCCGCUACACCUGCUACUCCAGCACCGCAUUCGCCGAGGCCUUCACCAACCGCCUAUCAGCAAACGCCAAAUUCGCCACUAGUUGUUCCUCAGGAUUCUCCGGCAGUCCAUUCCCAAGGUCCCUCCCCGGAAGUACAUAGCCCAGCUUCCGUUCAGCCUGCCUCUCUGAUAACGCAGCCGCAACAGUCGCCCAGCGUUCACUCACAGCAUUCUGCAGACUCCCAGGACUUAGAUGCCUAUCCACAACAGCACCAAGAUAUAAGGGCGAAGUCGCCACCAAUGCAGAUACAACAGGUUAACCAAACCCCUAUGUUCCCUGUUAAGAAGAGGAUGUACUCUGAUAAUGAAAUGCCAGGUCAUCAGUAUGAUACUCAGCAGCAGACAAACCAAUCAAAGAGUCAGGUGGAGACAAAAGACUACACACAACCAACGCCCGAACCGCAAUCUCAACCGGCUCAAAUGGAGCACUUGAGCAAAACAUCUUACGCUCAAUCACCCAUUUUGCACCAGGAAGUUAUAGGUACGAAGAGUCCAUAUCCUCAAGGGUUAACGACCAACGUUCCGGUGACUAGUCAGUAUGCCACACCAUUCUCUGGAGAUUCCGGUUAUCCAUUGAACAUACCCAGCACAAGAAACAUAGCUUCCCAACAGACCAAGAUCGAUCUGUCAAAAUAUACGAAUAUGGGUUACACGGGACCGGAUAUCAACUAUACCAGAUCGCUUCAACAACUCGCCCAACAAACCCAGACGACGAUAAACUCUAUGAUCUCCCAAAAACCAGCAUCGGUAGCGUCGACGACGAUCUCUCAAGCUAGCAACGUUGCCAGAUACGGCAACCCCUUGCAACAGAUGACAAGUCAAAGGGCCCACUCGAAUUUCGGAGCGAACCUGGAUAGGCUGGCUCAAGUGCAAGACGUCCCUAGCGGCUACAAGCCGGACGCUGUUGCCAAGUCGAGUUACGGCGGCAACACUGCAGGGAUGACGAUGGAACAGCAACUGGCACUGGGUGCAAGUAGGGAAUUGGCACAUAUCGUUGAUAGGUUGAGUGGGGAGGAACGACUUAUGGCAGGACUCCAAACGUCAUCCUCCUUCUACACAGACAAGGGUUUGGGUACCACGGGAAGUCACAUGUUCAACAAACCAAUUUCGACCAGCGCGUCUGCGCUGCCUAUCUUCAGUCAGAGUGGAGGUAUGGUUGCGGGUAUGCAGUCCUACGGUCAAGCAGGACAGAGUACAGCUACCACGAUGUAUAAUAGACAGAUGGCUGAGUUGAUGCAGCAACAACAGCAGCAGCAGCAGCAACAGAAUGAGCAGCAGAAGGUUGUCCAGGAGAAAAAGAGCAAGAGGAAGAAAUCGAAUAAAAGUGCAACCAGUGCUACCUCUACGAACCAACAACAGCAGCUCUCUACCUCCGCGCAACAACAAGCUCAGCAACAGGGCUUCCAAUCGUACGCGGGCCUGAAGGGGCACCCAGCGGCCAGCGCGGAAGCCAUUGCGUUGAAAACGUCCAGCGUAGUGCCGGGUAGUGCGUUCAACUUCGGUCCUACCACUGCGGGCUUAGCAGGACUAUACGCAGCGGCAGAGAAGGAUGCGUAUCCGAAUUUUCUGGACGAGUUCCGGGCGGCUGCUCCGAAUUAUUAUAUGGCUGCUGCGCAAGCUGCCAGGCACAGGUCGACACCUGAUAAGGUGCCAGCGGAUAAACAGCAACAAAGUCGCACAGCAGUUGCUGCACACCAGAGUUCUACCGGACAGCCUUCAGCAUCUGCAGCCGCAUCGUAUCCAUCUUUCUUAGGAGCAACACCGGCACAUCACCAGCCGACGAGGCCUGCGUAUCCGCCCACGAUUGGAUCACCAUUUAUUUCAAACGCCCAGGCCGCCCAACUGAUGGAUACUAGUUCUCCCCUAUACCAACAAUACAUCCAAGCGGGUCUCCUGAACCAGGGGCUGCUGGGCCCACCUGGAGCAUAUCCACCAGGAUAUCAUCCAGCUCUCAGCCUUCGGCAGCCCUACGACUCCAUGACUAGACCAUCCUGGCUAUAAUUGCAGUAAUGGUGAUCUCUAGCAAAUAGGGAAUUGGAAAAAUAGCUAUUGUACAAACCACAACACCAAGUUUCUAAAAACUGAUUUUAUACUAUCUAAGAAAAUCUGUACAGAAACAAAGGGGGUGGUACUGAGGGUUCUUAUUUGGCUUCCAAAAUCUUUUUCUUUUUGAAUCAUAAAAUUAAUGUUUGUAGUUUCAUCUUAUAUUUAAAAUUUAGAAUACAUAUCCAUUCUUACAUUGUUUGGAUAAUCGUUGUUGAGAUACGGUCAUACAAAAAAAUCAUAACGGCAGGCGCGGAUUAAAAUUUCUAACAAUACUUGUGUUUGUUUAUAAUGACAAAACAACUCAAUCAGAAAAUGUAAUUAUAACGGUUGCCAACAAAUAUACUGGUUGAUUGUAGUUUCUGGACAACUUGUAAGUCAACAACAAAAAAGGAGUCCUGUCACCUUCAUUUUAUUUUGGAUCCCACUGAAAUAGUCAACAAUUUAGUUGUUAUACAGAGGAUCCAUAAUGUUUUGAAAUAUUAAACAUAUCUUGCAGCUACUUAAGCAUAACUAGAUGUGAGAAAUGGGAGUAUAAUCUUGAUUUACAAUUCCUGCAACAACCACAUUACACCCCCAAACUUUUGCUCCCAGAAGUUUAGUUAUACGGCGACAUUAAAUAACUAUUUUUUCACCCGUUACUCAUGAAAGUGUGUAUUGAUACAAUUUGGUUUACCAAAGACUGUUAUAGUGUAUUUCUUCACAAAACAGUAGCUAUACCUAGCAAUUUAUUAUAUUCUGUGAUUUUUUUUACUUUUAAAUGCUGAGUUAUCAUGAGUUGAAUCUCGCUUUUACUAUAAUAUUCUGUAAUUGAUGUAUUUUGGCAAUUUUCAUUUAACUUCAUUGCAAAAGAAGAAUCACUAUUUGAUACGACUUUUAAAAGAGCAUAAAAUGCCAACGAAUUAGAGAAGCGUUUUAUACAUUUUAAGUUUUUAUCUUGUUUAAAUGUUUUAUCACGUUUAUUACACAUUCCUAAAUUAUGUGCAACCUUGAAAUGUUUUUAUAGUUUAUAAUUUACUUUGUAAGUUAAGUAUUAUGUAUUAAGUACGUACAUGUUUGUAUGAUGUGCUUAACUGAUUAGUUUUUCGUUUUGUUAAGGUAUGAAAUGUUUUAUAUACAUGGUGAUUCAACAGAAAAUAACGUGUUAUUCGGACCUUGAUUUGUUUUCAUGUCAAUGCUGUUUUGCCGUGUCUUGCUAAAAUCGUAUUGAAUAUUUGGAUACCUCUUUGAUUACUUGUUAAAUAAAAUGUAUAGUGGCAAAACAAGCGCAAAAAUAUCUCACCUUCUGGUUUAAAUUCCCUAUACAGGUGCGUAUUAGUUAACCUCAUUUAGUAAAGGUGUUUCACUUGUUGAAUUGAGGAUUCCAGAAAGUAUAUUACCCAGACAAAAAACGAGUUUCACUUGAGCCGACGUGCCCUGUAUUCAGGAUUUUGUGCAUUGGAGCAAACUACUAUUAACUAUUACUAAAUAUAUAAACGUAAACAAUUACGCCAAAAUCCUGAUUUUUUUAUCCUUCUAGGAUUACAGAAACAUUUUUCUCUGUUUGUAGUUUGACCCGCAUUGAUUUACAAAGUAUAUUUAUUGUUGAAUCACGCCCCCGUAUAAUUAUUGUAUAUUGGCGAAGUUCAAAAAUAAUUAAUUUUAAUAAUCGAGGUUUGUGCAAAAAUCAUCGACAAUAGGAAAAAAAUCACCACAGGAUAUCAAACAUAACUUAUGACAAAAAAUAUAUAAGCUUUAAAUAAUCAAAUAAUUGUACAAACAUUUAUUAUCAAUAUUGUCAUUACAUAUUCAUUGAAAAGCUGUACAUAAAAUGUAAAUGUAGACUAUGUAUUGUUGUACAAUGAAGUAAUAAAUAUUUAGUGAUUUGUA